AUGGCGUACAAUGAUAUGAUUUCAUCAAUUGUCUUCUUCAAACAUCAUCAACUUAUGCAAACUUAUGACAGUGACAUUAUUCAUCAAAAUUAUAAUAGUCUAAACACAAAUCACAGCAUUAGCCAUCCACCGACUUCAAAUUGGUCUACAUCACAAACUGUACAAAUGAUCUCGUCACCCAUAACGACUUCUACCUCUUCCACAUCUUUGAUUCACUCACUGGAUAACUACAAUUAUUCUCAUUCAUUUCCUCCUCAAUUAAAUCCAUUCAGUUUAUUGAAAACAUCACCGAUUCAUUCAAAUACGAUUCAUUAUAACAAUGUGGAUUGUAAUAAUAAUAAUAAUAAUAAUAAUAAUAAUAAUAAUCAUCUUCAUUGUGGGACACAACAAUCUGAUUCCUUAUUCACUCCAUAUCACAAUUACAUGAAUCGAUGGAACAGUGCACAUGUGAACAAUGUCAGUCCAUCUACUCAACUGAAUGACACUAUGAAUGCAGUCAAAAUGAAGGCAACACAUCGUAAUCAUCUACAACGACACCGAAACAAUCAACAUCGUCAUCAGCUUCAUCAUCAUCAUCAUCAGCGACAACACCAGCAACAACCACCACAAUUACAAACUCACAAUACCAAUUCAUGUGAUUUGAUCAACGAUGAUGAACCGAAACCGAAUUUCAGUUACAUCGGUUUAAUUGCUAAAGCCAUUCUCAGUACACAAGAAAGACGUAUGAUAUUGUCAGAAAUUUAUCAAUGGAUUCAACUACGUUAUCCAUAUUUCAGUUCACGUGGUCCAGGAUGGAGAAAUUCCAUUCGACAUAAUUUAUCAUUGAAUGAUUGUUUUAUUAAAGUUGGUAGAGCUGCAAAUGGUAAAGGACAUUAUUGGGGAAUACAUCCAGCUAACUUGAAAGAUUUUCUCAGUGGUGAUUUCAGAAGACGUAGAGCACAACGUAAAGUACGUCGUGCACUCGGUCUCAGUCGUCCUGAUGAUAAACUGCAUAAGCAAGACGAUGACGAUGAUGAUGACGAUGAAGAUGAUGAUGAGGAUCGUGAUGGUGAUGUUGGUGUCGAUGAUCAAGACACUCUGUCAUCGAAUCCCUCCUCAAUACUCCCACCACUCUUCCAUCGUCUACAUCCACACAUAUCCACAUAUCAAUCGAUGAGGUCAACACUCACAACCAAUUCCUCUCCAACACUCAACACACAUCCACUCAUUAAUUCACACAUAUCUACAUUAGAUCGAUUGACUGAUUCUCCGACCAAUCACAAUCACUCCACAAACAAUCCAACAAACAUCACUACUCCUCUCCUCUUCAAUCCAUCACAUUUCACAUCCACACACAAUUCACAAUUCCUACCUCAUCACCAAGCAUUGAUCAAUGCAUCGUCAACAAGUCGGACAGACACUUCCACUACCUCCACACAAUCUAUCCAAUCACUCGACCUCACCACUCCACCAUUGAAAUCGAAUUGCACCAAUGACACAUUGAUGGAGCUCUUCUACAUCAACUUGAUGCAUUUACUCAACAAUCAUCAUUUAUACAUUCAAUCUCACCUGCAGCACGAUCUGUCUACACCUGAUAAAUUUCUAUUGUCAACUACACAAUCAACUACAAAUACCACUACCAGUACACAUACUACUCAUACUUCCACUACUACUAAUCAUAUUCCCAUCAGUACUACUGUCACCGAUCGUCAUCAUUAUCCCCAUCAUCAUUUUGAUGACAAUGUUCACUAUACGAAUUCAUCCCAUCCUUCACUUGAUCCUGUCAGCACUAGAUCACAUUCACCAGCAACCAGCCAUCCACCAAUCAACGUCAGUUUCAAUGUGGUCAAUCUGAUCGAUCAUCACCAUCAACAUCAGCAUCAUCAUCUGAAUCACAGUGAUGUUGAUGUGGACGUUGGUGUUGGUGUUGAUGAUGUUGACAGUGAUGUUGAUGGUGAUGAUGCCACAAUUCGCACAACAAUGACGAUCAGGUCAGAUCAACAACAUCCACAUUAUAGUCACAAUGAUGAUGAGAAAACUGAAGUUAUCGUUGAUAAGUUACAUAACAAUGAAAUAGACAUUCCAUUGGAAUUCCAUCCAACCAAGCUACACAAUAAAUCAAUUCUACAAUAUUCCUAA